AUGUCUUAUGUCGAUCAACCAACCUCCCCUGGCGCAGUUAUGGGGAGGAGGCUCACGAACAGGAAUACAAAUCGCUAUAGUGUUACCGCCCUUUUCAGCAUGGCCGCAGAGCAGGAUGUUGAAGUGGAGGAUGACCUUGCUCGAGCACAAAAACGCCUUCGUGACCUCAAGAGCAAAAUAUCCGCCCAGUCCAAGAAAAAUUUUGUGCUCGAGCGUGACGUCCGUUACCUUGACUCUCGCAUCGCUCUCCUUAUUCAGAAUCGUAUGGCCGCUGAUGAGCAACGUGAAGUGGAACGGACGCUGGAAGAAGUUGAUCCAACCGAAGGCCAUUACCCCGAUGAUCGAAAAUUGCAACAAUACUCCAACCUAUUCUUCCUUCUUCAGUCUGAACCCCGUCACAUUGCUGCACUAUGUCGACUUGUCAGCUUGUCAGAGAUCGACACUCUCUUGCAGACGGUCAUGUUCACGCUAUAUGGAAAUCAAUACGAGAGUCGUGAGGAGCAUCUUCUUUUAACGAUGUUCCAGUCAGUGUUGUCUGCGCAAUUUGAGACAGCAACCGAGUUUGGGUCGCUGCUGCGUGCUAACACUCCUGUGUCCCGAAUGAUGACUACUUACACCCGACGAGGUCCUGGGCAAAGUUAUCUCAAGGGGGUAUUGGCAGAACGCAUCAAUAGCUUGAUAGAACACAAAGACUUGAACCUUGAAAUCAAUCCUGUAAAGGUGUACGAGCAAAUGAUAAACCAAAUAGAAGAAGAAACAGGUACACUACCGCCCAACCUACCUCGCGGAGUACCUCCAGAGGUCGCCGCCGAGAACGCCGAUGUUCAAGCUAUCAUUGCACCACGGCUUACUAUGCUAAUGGAAAUCGCGAAUAGCUUCCUCGUAACCAUAAUAGAAAGUAUGGAAAGUGUGCCGUAUGGUAUUCGAUGGAUCUGCAAGCAGAUCCGAAGUUUGACUCGGCGAAAGUAUCCUGAGGCAACUGAUUACGCUAUUUGCUCAUUAAUUGGAGGCUUCUUCUUUCUACGGUUCAUCAAUCCUGCUAUUGUCACCCCCCAAGCAUACAUGCUCGUUGAAGGCGUCCCAGCUAAACACCCUCGCCGAACACUGACCCUGAUUGCGAAGAUGCUGCAGAACCUUGCGAACAAGCCCUCGUAUGCGAAGGAGAUCUACAUGAUCACUCUGAACCCCUUUGUAGAAAAUAAUAAAGCACGGAUCAACCAAUUCCUCAACAGUCUCUGCGAGGUUGGGGAUUUCUAUGAGACUCUUGAAAUGGACCAAUACAUGGCUCUAUCCAAGAAAGACCUCAUGAUCCACAUCACCAUGAACGAGCUGUACAACACCCACUCUUUGAUUUUACAGCAUGUGGAAACUCUCUCCCCAAACGACAAGCAGCAUCUACGUAUCUUAACUGAUGAACUCGGACCCGCUCCAUCACAAGUUCCACGAAAGGAGAACCGUGCCAUCGAGCUGAAUCUGUACAGCCGCUGGGAAACACCUGUACAGGAUAUCCAGAGUGCACUGAUGGACUCGGUAUCAACGAGCGACAUGCUGUACAUGGAAACCAAGUCUAUUCUUGUACAACUCAUCCGUUCUAUACCCCACACUGCCGAGAAGCGGCCGUACAACCUGGCUGCGAUUGCUGAACGGGCAGCUACGACGAAGGAUGCAACGCUUGUGCGCAAAGGCAUUAAAGUCAAGGAGAUGCUUCGUGAAUUGGAGGAGCAAAAUAUCAUCGAGGCGGCAGAUGGCUAUAAGCUCAUGCAGGAUGAGGUUGCUGCUGAGCUCGCUCACCUUGGUAAUCUGCGGGAGAAGGUGGUAUUAGAAACGAAGUCGUUGGAAGCGGUUUACAAAACGAUCUGCGACCACAAUGCUUACCUGCGCUCACAGCUUGAGCAAUACAAGGCGUAUCUCCAGAAUGUUCGUCUGACUGCGUCGAAAGACAAGGGCAGUACGACUGGAGUGGGUGUUGUCACGGUUGGAGGCAAAGAGAGGAAGCCAUCGAAGUCGGCGGUUCUUGGCCCGUAUCGCUUUACGCAUGCGCAACUCGAGAAGGAAGGGAUCAUUGUGGAGAGUAAUGUUCCUGAUAACCGUCGACCCAACAUUUACUUCAACAUAACAUCACCCACGCCUGGGACGUUCAUCAUUUCAUUGCACUACAAGGGUCGGGAGAAAGCCAUCCUUGAAAUGGAUCUAAAGAUUGACGACCUGUUGGAGAAGCAAAAAGACAACAAACACUUACUGGAUUUAGAGUACGUUCAGCUGAACGUACCGAAGGUCCUAGCCCUGCUGAAAAAGGUGUUUGCCAAGCGGUGA